AUGUUUGUGCUGCCAAACACACACAUCCAUUUCCAUUCUCUUCAUUUUACACUGAAAGAUAUAAGAAAUCCAAAAGUGCUGCUAGCUAGUAGAAUUCAGCAACGAUGUUGAGAUCAAUGACGACGAGGAGAGGCCCUGGGAGAUAUGAGAAAUUAGGUAAAGAAUCUUCUACCACUGCGCUGCUUCAUGAGGAAUUCAAGAGGAGCACAAGUUUGCCUGCUCAUAGAACACUAUCAUCUUCUUCGAGAAAAAUGGGUAGUUCAGCAUUAUUUGGGAACAUAAAUUUGCAAAGAAACCCGACAAAGAGGGGUAAUGGUAACAACAACAAUAAUGGUAGCAAGAAGAGCCACCCACUGUUGAGUUUCUUGGAUCUUCGUAAGAAGAGUAAAACAACGGCAAGGCCUGAAUUCGCCAGGUAUGUUGAGUAUCUGAAGGAAGGAGGCAUGUGGGAUUUCAAAACCAACAAGCCUGUCAUUCAUUACACUUGAUUCUCUGUGUAACAACAAGAUUGUAUUGGAUUUUAUUCAUUUAAUUCCCUUCAAGAAGAUGUAGAGUAAUAUUAAUACUUAUCUGUUUGUUUGAUUA